AUGCCAAUGAUGAUGGGUUCGUCCUGGCUUCUGAUGGGGCUCGCCCUCGCCGGGGCCCAGAAUUCGACGUGCCCCGGGGACCUCGUCUGGAACGACUGCGGGACCCUGUGCGAGAACACGUGCGGGGCCGAGGCGGCGACGUUCUGCUCCUUUGUGUGCGUCGCGGCCUGCCAGUGCCCGCCGCACCUGCCCUGGCGCCACGACGCGGCGUCGAACUCGUGCUACGCCGACGCCGACUCCUGCCCCGCGGCGACCGUGGUCGGCGCCGACGAGGACGAGCACGGCUGCGUCGCGUCCGCGGGCUACCGCUGGUGCGAGCCCUCGGGAACGUGCGAGCGCGACUGCGGCGCCACGGCCGCGCCGACGGCGGGCCCGGGCCACACGCUUCUCGGCGGCGACCACGACGACCACGGCUGCAUCGCCAGCGCGGGCUACGCCUGGUGCGACGGCCUGGGCGCGUGCGUCCGCUCGUGGGAGACGCCGUGCGUCGCCGCGACGGAAGCGCCGACGGCGGGCCCGGGCCACACGCUCCUCGGCGGCGACCACGACGACCACGGCUGCAUCGCGAGCGCGGGCUACUCCUGGUGCGACUCGCUCAACGCCUGCAUCCGCUCCUGGGAGACGUCGUGCGAGGCGCUCGUCGAGGAGGACGCCGCGACGCUCGCGGACGACGGCAUGGUCGGCGGCGACCGCGACGAGCACGACUGCUGCGCGUCCUGCGGCUACACCUGGUGCGCCUCGAGCGGCGCCUGCGUCCGCCUCUGGGAGGAGGGCUGCGCCGCCGCCGCCGCGGCAGACGGCGACGCGGCGGACGACGACGACGACGUCGCCGGCGCCAUGAUGGGCGUGGUCGCCAUCGUCCUCGUGCUCCUCCUCGUCGGCAUCCUCGGGGGCCUCUUCGCCGUGCGCCGGAACCAGCGCGCCUGCCAGUCGCCGGAGAAGGAGAUGCUCGUCGUCGGCCGCGCGCCGCCGCCGCCCGGGGACCUCCAGGCCGACGACAAGCUCAAGUGGACGGAGAACCCGGGCACGGACCUGGCCGCCGUCGACGAGGACGUCCGGGGCAUCGCCGUCGUCUGA